AAGCAACGGUGGCGGGGCAGAAGAAGCUGUACAACAAAACAAUGCAGAACAAGCCACUAUAAAUAUGCAGACUUCAUCGGAAUUCGCAAGCAUGAGAUUUGAAGCUUUAGGGAAAGAAAAAACCAGCUCAUCUAUUCUUGUUAGAGAGAUGUUAUUCGUAAGGUAUAAUAGCAAAGGAGAGGAGGAUGCCUUUUUGUACUUUCAGGGGUUGGCUACAGACUGCAGAAAACAUCCUCGCGAGUGGAAGCGCCUUCUCAAUUACCACAGAUUGGUCUGGUACAUUUUCUCUGCAAGCAAAGAAGCGAAGAAUUUGGUUGGAUGGCAAGUACAGUUGAUCACCUGGAUUUUUAUUUGUUGGGAAUGGCAGGAUAACAUGAAUGUUGUCAUAAAGAAGUGGAAACAGAUUGGUGAUCUUAAAACAAACGCACCUUCACUGCUAGUGAUCGUAAAUCAUUUAAUGAAUACGAAGGCGGCUAGCUAUGAAAAUAGUGAGAAUGGUAGCGCAGAGAAACUGGCCAAUUCCAUGGAACAGAAACUUGAUGCAUUACAGAAAUCGUUGUGUGAGCUGAAGAAAAAAAUGAAAGAAUUAGAAGUCGUGUCUGAUGAGUUGAAGAAAGAAAUGAAAGAAUUAGAGAAACACGUGUCCGAUGAGAUGAAAGAAGAUAUAAAAGCAGGCAAAGAGCGGAUAGCCGAAAUGAAAAGUCGGAAGAAAGAAGAAAAAUGGAAUGAAAAGAACAGACAGUUGCGUGAAAACUGGGAGAGAAUGAAAUCAACACUAGAGAAGUACGAUGUGUCAAUGGAUGGUAUUCAGGCUUUUCAAAGGUUUAGGCUCUAUUGUAUAGCUGGUUAUCUCCCACGGAUUGGUCAGCAGAGUGAACAUGGUAACAUUUGAAGAAGAUUGGGAUGGUUUAGGCUCUAUUGUAUAGCCUCUUCUCCAACCUCCUUCAAUUUGAUCCUUGAUAUCUUCAGAAUCAAUCUUGACUGUUGAUUCUUGCCACUUCACCCUUGGCCUUGGAAUUCCUAUAUAUAUCCCCUAUU